AUUGCGAAGUCUGAGUCAACACUCCAAACAUGGAACUGAUCAUCAACACCAGAGAUACAUCCAGUUCCAAGGUGAUCAUUCAGCAUCUCCUCAAUCAAGUCACAAUAAUUGUCUGUCACUCGUGAUCUAGGAGAGGACCAUGGUAUGGAUAAUUUCCGGGCACAAUAUUCCUUGUACCAGUGGACAAUAUCUCCCAUUUCUGCAACAAUUGAGGGUACCAGAACCUCUUCUUCAUCAUGUGGCCAUGAGUCAGAGGUAUGAGAUUCAUCAAUCAACACAAAACCUUUCUACAGGAUCCCCAGGAUAUGGUCCACAGGCAUCUAAGCGCUUCUCACUCCAAUCCUCAAGGAAAUGGCCAAUAGGACAUUCAACAAUUCCCUGGGCAAACUUCAAGGUCCAAGUUUGUGACUUUGAUACCUCACUUGGGAGCCCAAAAGGAUCUCCAUGCUGCAAGAUAGAAGGAUCUCGUGUUUGUACAGGAUCCAGUAGAUUAAAACCCACUCUAUCAAUAGACAGUGAGUUAAAUCGGAUGCUAGAGGAGGCAAGGCCAGGAGGGCGGGAGCGACUCCCAGAAGCGACCAUGCCAUUUCGGGGACAAUUGCGUUCUAAAUGGCCCUUCUCAUGACAUUUAAAGCAGCGACCCUCAGCCAUUAGCUCAUUCUUUGUUGGCCCAGAUGAGCUCUGUCCACUAG